AUGGCUGACUGCCCAGAUCCAGUUGUGCACUUUGACUUUCACGUCUUCAUCAAGUACAAGGCUGAAAGCAACAUAUUCGUCUUAGGUCAAAAAGACUUUGUACAGACAGUCAUACAGGACAUUCAGGCGCUUCGCUCCGCUCUACCAAAGCGCGACAGCAUUAUAUAUGCCCAUGCUUACACUCCUCUUUGUGUACCUUGGACGGUGCCAUUCGGGUAUCUUCAGGAAACAACCUUAGUGCACAAGUGGGCGAAGAUAGCCAAUCGAACUGAUGACGGGAUCGAGGAGUUGUGGAACGAUUUGGAAAUCGAGAAAAUCGCCCUCAGGCGAUGUCCGCCAGGCUCUCGAUUGAAGCCGCCGUCUUCGCUGGGGAUUGGUACAACUACACCCCAAACAGUCCCCCGUAACUAUACAGCAUCGGGAUCUCCACCACAGAAAGCUCCAUCCCCCUUCACGAAAAGCAACGUUGCUGUCGUCACAACAGACUCGACACCUGUGCCACCUUCUCAAACUAGAACUGCGCCAGCCUUUGCUCUUCCCAGAAAACCUGCAGCAUUUACUGGUCAGGUGCAAUUCUCGUCUGCUCUGCGUACAGCGCGGUCUCUCGCUUCGUCACAGACAGGAACAGGACCUGUUUCCGCACCUCCUGCUAUGGCAUCCCAGGCCGCACAGCCACUUCAGGCAGUGGGUACACUUCCUUUGACUUCUACGCAGGCACGACCACCCUCCUAUGCAAGGUCGGCGCCCGUCUCAGCACCUCCUCCUGGUGCGAAGCCAGUCGUUCAACCCCAGGCAGUGGUUUCGUCUACCUUGCCUACGACAAAGGCUCCGCCUCCUCCACAGGGAAGAGCAGCCCCUGUCUCCUCUCCUGCUGCCGCGAAGGUUUCCGCUCCGACGACCCGGGUUGGCGAUCUGGAUGUUUCCUCAUUGCUCCCAGCAGCAAGUACUACGACAGCUAGCUCAGCGGUAUCGAGAGGCCCUAACGUCCCGGCCGCACCUGCUUCGAACCCAGCAGCGAUUCCGAUCGCGAACGGCAGUGGUGCUAAUACGCCGGCCACCGCAGCUGCUUUAUCGAGCGCGGACCAAGAAAAGGUUCGGGUGUUGACCAUUCUUCUGGCAGAGGCACAGGCGAAAAUGAAGGACGCCCAUCACCAUGCGCACUUGCAUAAGUCUCGGCUCAAACAUCUAGGUGCUUGGAAGCCCGAGGCAGAAGAUUCGCGGACCACUGCUGAGCUCGUUAUGGAGCUGAAUGAUGCUAAGGCGGCUCUUCAAGUCGAGCGUCGGCGGCGGUUACAAGUUGAGAAACAGCUUGAGAAGGCGAACUUAGAGCGGGAAAGUCAGGCGCUCAUGUUCCCGGUGCUGCUCGAGGCCUUCAAGGAGAUCUCUACGUUGGCGGAUGCGGUCGCCGAUGCCCCAAUGGAGACGUGA